AUGUUUACGAAAAAUUCUGACAAGGUGUUAUGCGCCCUUGUUCUUAUCGCUGUAGCCGCUGCAGUACCGCAACAACCCGACCAACACCCUGUCUACAUCCUUAGGCAAGAUUCCAACGUUCAUCCUGAAGGAUAUACCUUCAACUUCGAGACCAGCGAUGGUACAGCCCGCCAAGAGGAGGGAACCCUGAAGCAGAUCAGCGAAGAUCACAAGGCGAUCGAAGUGAAGGGUAGUUAUAAGUACGUAGCCCCCGAUGGAGUUGUAUACGCAGUCACCUUCACCGCUAAUGAGCACGGUUUUCAACCCCAGGAGCACGUGGAGCAACAUGACCAACACCAAUAG